UGUGCAGUAAGUUACUCUAAGCAAGGAGGAAAGGGCUAGACUUAGGACUAGGUACCUAAGUUCAUUUACGGAGUUAGGAGGGCUGGGAGGGUGUAGCCUUUGCCAACUCUGCCUCUGCUUCCUGUAGCUUCCACUGCUCUUUAUUCCAGUUUUUGGAGCCAGAGUAAUGAUAUGAUCACCACCCCAGCCAAUUUUCUGAUGCACUGGCCAGAGUCUUCCCGUAAGACCUGGGGCCUCUCAGAGGAAACAUUUACUAAAUAAGGGGAAACUAAAGUGGCAGACUAGUAAAGGAUAGAAGGUACAAAAGUUACUCCCAAACCCACUACAAAUUAGAAUCACCUGGGGAGUUUCUUUUAAAAUGUAAGAGAUUUCUGGUUCUUGACUCAGACCUGCUGAAAACACUUCCAGAGUUGGGACUCAUUAGGCUGGUAAACAGCACCCCAGCAUUGUAGAUAUUAGCCCCAGUUUAGAUUAGUUGGCUAGCUCCUUUAUACUCUCUUUUUUCCCCACUUGGGGAGAGAAGUCCAGUCCAGACUCCCAAAAGGCUCUGAUCUAGAUGCAGAAAGAGACCCUUGGCCCUGCAGAGUGCCAGACCUGAAUUAGGCCAGACCCUUUGCUUGUGUGCUUUCUGUCUCGAAGGGAAGGGCAAACAGGAGGACGGUUGCUCCAAGGUGGGCGUCCAGGGGCUGUGUUCUCAACGAGUAUACUGUCUGCGAGGUCAGCGGGUUAUGGUAUUUGAAUGCCUGCUCUGUACCUUGGCUCUUCUCACCUGGGAUUCUGAGAGAAAGUGAUUUGAUCACCUUUCCUCAAUAUUCUCAAUGAUGGUACACAACCAGUAUCAUUUUAGAUGUAUAGGAUAUAUUGCAUUACAUAAUAAGAGAUUAAUUCUCACAGAACUGGUUGAGAAGGGUUAUUGUGUCUUAAACCAGAGAGUCUUCACCUCACGUCUCCAAAUUGGGCUCUGCUAGAGCUAAGGAAAUCAAAGACCACACUGUCCUUUCCUUGGGUUUUUAUUCUACCCAAGCUGCUGACCUACCUUCUGAUUGGUGUGGUUAAGACACUGAGGCCAAGCAACUUCUGGUGGCACUUUGAAAGGAGAACAGGGCUUUUUGUUCCAUCCUUUUCCCUUGGUGGCGGUUUCUCACUACUUAAACUACUGCUCUCUUGAAUGCCGAAUUCAUUCACCCAAUUAUUUGUUGGCUAUCUCCUUGUGAGUGCCCCACAGGUAUCUUAAGAGUCAGCGUGUCCAAAACUGAAAUCAUCUCUUCUGUGUCCUACAUGUGACAAGCCACAAACCUGGAUAUCCUUGACUCCUUUUUUGAUCUCCUUAGCUAAUUUAGUUAUCCAGUUCUGUUCAGUUUGUCCUUCAUUACUAUCUCUCAAAUUUGUCCACUUUUUUACAUCCACGAGGUUUGUCUAUAAAUAACUUCUUGCCCUGGGCACUUCAGCAGUUUUUAAACUGGUUACCCUACCUCCAUUGCCUCUCUUCAACCAGUUCUACACAUUGAUAUGAGGGACCUUUCCAAAAUGCAUACUGGGCCAGUUUAAAUGUCACUACCCAGUUUAAAUCCUGAAAUGAUUUCUUCAACUAGAUUUAAAAUUUACAUAAGAUCCGAAAUGGUUCCUUUAUGUGUCUAGAUUUUAAAAUUUAAAUUCACUAGAAUGGGCCAUGAGACCAUCAAUGAUUUGGGUCCUGUCCACCUCUCCAGCCUCUCCCCCCAUGCCAGGUGGUUCAGCUUUAGUGAACUCCUGCAGUUUCCUUGCCACCCUGUGGUCUCUCAGGCCUCUUCCCACCACCCAGAAUGCCAUCUACCUCCUUCCCUCCACUGUACCUUCCUGCCCCCGCCCCAUCCCCAUUCCUCAGCUGACAUCUUGUCAAUUUAUUAAGAUAGCUCUGGCAUUGCCACCUCAGUAAAUCUCCAAUCCCUGUGACCUGUUAGGUGCUGCUCUUCUGGAGGCAGCAAAAGAUAAUAGACCUUUUUUUCAGAUGUGCUUGGAUUUAGUUGCUUUGUGACUUUGGCAAGGUUUCUAAUCUCUGAUCUGUUUUCUUACCUGCAGAAUGGAAAAAUUAUAUCUUACAGGGUUGUUAUGAAGGUGAAAUGAGAUAGUGCGUGCAAGCAUCAAGCACUGUGCUGGCACACAGUAGGCUUGCUUCUCUUCUCCAGUACGUGCUCCUACUACGCUACUUUAUGCCAGAAGAGACAUGUAAACACAUGAGGGCGAUGGAGCUGCACUCAGCACUGGAUGUGGUGAAGAAGGGUAUAUAAGAGAUCUUUCUCCAUACCCAUCAAAAUUUGGGAUCUAUAAACACUGGAGAGUGCUGACACCAUCACAGUAUGUUCCAUUCUCAACCCUGGACACGGUUCAAAAGCAGCUAAAGCAGACAAGAAUCUGGGGCAGCCAAUAUUGUACCACCUGCCAAAACUUGGCACAAACAAUCUGGAAGCCGAAAAUUGCACAUACUGAGGAAUAGAGGAAGUGGUUCUGGCCUCCGUGGGAUUUGGAUCCUGGUUUCCAGAGCUAAGAACACAAAGUCAUGAAGGUGAAGGAGAAGGCUGGGGUAGGAAAGCUGGACCACACUAACCACAGGAGGAGAUAUCCGGAUCAGAAAGAAUGCCCUCCUAUCCACAUUGGGCUUCCAGUACCCACGUACCCUCAAAGAAAAACUGACCAGAAGGGACAUCUUUCAGGCCUGCAAAAAGUCCACUGGGGCCUGCGACCAGACCAGCCACAGCAGGAACUGACUGGCCCAGGGAGUGGGGCAAGCAGCCGGGACAGCAGCGUGGAUCUUAUCAGCAGGACUCGGUCCCCAGCUGCUGAGCAGCUCCAGGACAUCCUGGGGGAGGAAGAUGAGGCUCCCAACCCCACCCUCUUCACAGAGAUGGACACUCUGCAGCAUGACGGAGACCAGAUGGAGUGGAAGGAGUCAGCCAGGUGGAUAAAGUUUGAAGAAAAGGUAGAGGAAGGCGGCGAACGCUGGAGCAAACCCCACGUGUCCACACUGUCCCUGCACAGCCUCUUCGAGCUCCGUACCUGCCUGCAGACGGGGACAGUGCUGCUGGAUUUGGACAGCGGCUCCUUACCACAGAUCAUAGAUGAUGUCAUUGAGAAGCAGAUUGAGGAUGGUCUCCUGCGACCAGAGCUCCGGGAGAGGGUCAGUUACGUCCUCCUGAGGAGGCACCGUCACCAAACCAAGAAGCCCAUCCACCGCUCCUUAGUCGACAUUGGGAAGUCAGUCUCCACCACAAAUCGCAGUCCCGCCCGGAGCCCUGGUGCUGGCCCGAGUCUACACCGCUCCACGGAGGACCUGCGGAUGCGGCAGAGUGCAAAUUACGGACGUCUGUGUCAUGCCCAGAGCAGAAGCAUGAAUGACAUUUCUCUCACCCCAAACACAGACCAGCGGAAAAACAAAUUCAUGAAGAAGAUCCCCAAGGACUCAGAAGCCUCCAACGUGCUCGUGGGUGAGGUGGACUUCCUAGACCAGCCAUUCAUCGCGUUCGUGCGCCUCAUCCAGUCGGCCAUGCUGGGAGGAGUGACCGAGGUGCCUGUCCCCACCAGAUUUCUGUUUAUACUGCUGGGACCUUCUGGGAGAGCAAAAUCCUACAAUGAAAUUGGCCGUGCCAUUGCAACCCUCAUGGUAGAUGAUCUCUUCAGUGACGUGGCCUACAAAGCCCGCAAUCGGGACGAUCUGAUUGCAGGAAUUGAUGAAUUUCUGGAUGAGGUCAUUGUCCUUCCCCCGGGAGAAUGGGACCCAAAUAUCCGAAUUGAGCCACCCAAGAAGGUACCCUCUGCUGACAAGAGGAAAUCUGUGUUCUCCCUAGCAGAGCUGGGCCAGAUGAAUGGCUCUGUAGGAGGAGGCGGCGGAGUUGCUGGAGGAGGCAAUGGAGGUGGUGGUGGUGGUGGCAGUGGCGGUGGGGCUGGCGGUGGCGGGGCCAGUGGAACGAGCAGCGGGGAUGAUGGAGAGAUGCCAGCCAUGCACGAAAUCGGGGAAGAACUUACCUGGACGGGAAGGUUCUUCGGUGGACUGUGUCUGGAUAUCAAGAGGAAGUUGCCCUGGUUCCCAAGUGACUUCUAUGAUGGCUUCCACAUUCAGUCCAUCUCUGCCAUCCUAUUCAUCUACCUCGGCUGUAUCACCAACGCGAUCACCUUUGGUGGGCUUCUCGGGGAUGCCACCGACAAUUAUCAGGGAGUGAUGGAGAGCUUCCUGGGCACUGCCAUGGCUGGCUCCUUGUUCUGCCUCUUCUCGGGACAGCCUCUCAUCAUUCUCAGCAGCACGGGGCCCAUCCUCAUCUUUGAGAAGCUUCUCUUCGACUUCAGCAAAGGCAAUGGCCUGGACUACAUGGAGUUCCGCCUCUGGAUUGGCCUACACUCAGCUGUCCAGUGCCUUAUCCUAGUGGCCACAGAUGCCAGCUUUAUCAUCAAAUAUAUCACCCGCUUCACCGAGGAGGGCUUUUCAACCCUCAUCAGCUUCAUCUUCAUCUAUGAUGCCAUCAAGAAGAUGAUCGGUGCCUUCAAGUACUACCCUAUCAAUAUGGACUUCAAGCCGAACUUCAUCACCACCUACAAGUGCGAGUGCGUCGCCCCUGACACAGUGAAUACAACCAUGUUCAAUGCUUCAGCCCCACUGGCACCAGACACCAACACUUCUCUGUACAACCCCCUUAACCUCACAGCGUUGGACUGGUCCCUGCUGAGCAAGAAGGAGUGUCUGAGCUAUGGCGGGCGCCUGCUUGGGAAUUCCUGCAAGUUUAUCCCAGACCUGGCGCUCAUGUCCUUCAUCCUUUUCUUUGGGACAUAUUCCAUGACCCUGACCCUGAAGAAGUUCAAAUUCAGCCGCUAUUUUCCUACCAAGGUCCGGGCCCUGGUGGCUGACUUUUCCAUUGUUUUCUCCAUCCUGAUGUUCUGUGGAAUCGAUGCCUGUUUUGGCCUGGAAACCCCCAAGCUGCAUGUGCCCAGUGUCAUCAAGCCCACACGGCCUGACCGAGGCUGGUUCGUGGCCCCCUUUGGGAAGAACCCGUGGUGGGUGUACCCAGCAAGCAUCCUGCCCGCCCUGCUGGUGACCAUCCUGAUCUUCAUGGACCAACAGAUCACUGCCGUCAUUGUCAACCGGAAGGAGAACAAACUGAAGAAGGCUGCUGGCUAUCAUCUGGACCUGUUCUGGGUGGGCAUCCUCAUGGCCUUGUGCUCCUUUAUGGGGCUUCCCUGGUACGUGGCUGCCACGGUCAUCUCCAUCGCCCACAUCGACAGCCUCAAGAUGGAGACAGAGACCAGCGCCCCUGGGGAGCAGCCCCAGUUCCUAGGAGUCAGGGAACAGAGAGUGACCGGCAUCAUCGUCUUCAUCCUGACGGGAAUCUCUGUCUUCCUGGCUCCCAUCCUAAAGUGCAUCCCCCUGCCAGUGCUGUAUGGAGUCUUCCUCUACAUGGGCGUGGCCUCCCUGAAUGGCAUCCAGUUCUGGGAACGCUGCAAGCUCUUCCUGAUGCCAGCCAAGCACCAGCCGGACCACGCCUUCCUGAGGCACGUGCCGCUGCGCCGGAUCCACCUCUUCACCCUGGUGCAGAUCCUCUGCCUGGCGGUGCUCUGGAUCCUCAAAUCCACGGUGGCUGCCAUCAUCUUCCCAGUCAUGAUCCUGGGCCUCAUCAUCGUUCGAAGGCUUCUGGAUUUCAUCUUUUCCCAGCACGACCUGGCCUGGAUUGACAACAUCCUCCCAGAGAAGGAAAAAAAGGAGACAGACAAGAAGAGGAAGAGAAAGAAAGGGGCGCACGAGGACUGUGACGAGGAGGAAAAAGAUCUUCCAGUUGGAGUUACUCACUCUGAUUCCUCCUUCAGUGACACAGAACUUGAUCGAAGCAUCACCUUGCACUUCAAAAUCUCCUGUCCGGCUUCACCUGCUUUCAACUACUCACGGAACCCAGUGUUCAUGGUGCCACAGGUGAAGAUAGAGAUGGAGUCAGACUAUGACUUCACAGACAUGGACCAAUACCGAAGAGAAACUGACAGUGAGACCACCCUCUAGGAUGAAGCAGCUUCUCCCAGAUGGGAAUGGAGAGCCUGGCUUAGUCUUCAUUGGGAGGGUCUUAACUUCUCUGUGCCUGUUGCCUUCUUUAUCAAACAGAGGGAGUCCUUCUGCCUAAUAGAAAACUGGAGAUCUGUUGAUGAAAAGUACUGCUUAGAUGCAAAGCUCUCCCCUUCCUUUCGUAGUAAUUAAAAUACCUAAAGCUAAAUAUUAUAUUUUAUUUUCAAAUGCAGUCCGGCAUAGAAAUUCUAACAUUUCUUUGGAAAUAAAAAAAAUGCUUGCUUCCCCAAACCAUAGCUAAGAUAAAAGGGCAAUAGUCAAUUCAUAUUUAAAACAAAUACCAAUUUAAAAUUGUUUAAAGGUUCGAUUGAAAUACAGAUGUUCUCAAACGAACUCGUAAUAUACUCUUAUGUCACUAGACCAUCUUUGGAAUAUUUGGCAAUUCUGCAUAUUAAAAAAUGCUGAAAAGGUCAUAUCUUUUCUCCCUGUCACAUCCAGUUUCCUAAGGUUUAUAUGAAAAGUUUGAACCAGCUGGGCACAGUGGCACACACCUAUAAUCAUAGUACUGUGGGAGGCCAAGGCAGGCGAAUCGCCUGAGCUCAGGAGUUCAAGACCAGCCUAGGCAACACGGUGAAACCCCAUCUCUACUAAAAUACAAAAAAUUAGCUGGGCGUGGCAGCAUGUGCUUGUAGUCCCAGCUAUUAGGGAGGCUGAGGCAAGAGAAUCGCUUGAACCUGGGAGGCAGAAGUUGCAGUGAGCCGAGAUGAUGCCACUGCACUCCAGCCUGGGCAACAGAGAGAGACUCCGUCUCUAAACAAACAAAAAGUUUGAACCAUCUGCAGUAUGGGCCUUGCUCCAGAAGUGUGACUGGGGCUUUCCUAGAUUGAAAAGCCAGUUCCAAAACUCUGUUAAUGAAAGAACCAAUCCAUCUGAGUGGAUAAAUGUUUCUAAAAUAAAAUAGUUCUUGUUAAAGUGAAAUUUGAAACCACACGUUAAAUCAACAAAAUGAUCAUUUAAAUUAGUAUCACUGGUUUUUCAUACCUGGAAUCACAUUUCAUUAUACAUUUGGGUGGGUCUUUCCUGCAAAUUUUCAACAUUUAGUCCCAAAGUCAAACUCUCAUUUAUGUGAACAAUACAGGUUAGACAGAGGUAGUAUCACAUUUUACAUUAUAACUUCGCAAUAUUAAUCAACCUAGUACUUUAAAGGAAUGAUUGAAAACUAUUUGGGAAGAUAAAAACCAGUUUCAAUGAAGCAAACCUAUUCCUCAUGAAACUUAAGAUCAGUCAUUUUACCUUCAGUCCACAUUUAAUGAACACCAACCAUGUUUAUUUAAUGCCUACUAUGACCCCGACAGCCACAGUGCAUCUGACACUUACUUUCUCCAAAACAACUAUGAUUCGAACCUUGAGUAAAUCACUUUGGUUACUAUAUUUGCUCAAGAUGACAAAUGCAGGUGCUUUCUUUUUUAAAGAAAAAUGACACUAGAUCAUUAACAGAUCAGGACAGGUAACUGGCCUCUGUAAUCCCAAGUUUAGUGGAGUGCCCGGUCCACAGAAAGCUCUCAAUAAGUGUUUGAUUACAUUUAAUCUCAGAGCUCCCUUCCAAGGGAUACUGCCAAGAGGUAAAGCUCUAAACCUCUACUCCUACUGAGAGCAGAAUUUCUUAGCUAAUCCAGAACCAUCUCCUUUGCUUAAGUAUAAAUUCUUGCCAGCACAGUGGCUCACACCUGUAAUCCCGCUACUUUGGAGGCUGAGGUUGGGGGAUCAGUAGAGGUCAGGAGGUCAACACCAGCCUGGGCAACAUAGUGAGACCCAUUUCUAAACAAAUGUUUAAAAAUUAGCCAGGCAUGCUGGCACACGCCUGUAGUCCCAGCCAUUUUGGAGGCUGAGGCAGGACGAUCCUUUAAGCCCAGGAGUUCAAGGCUGCAGUGAACUAUGAUCAUGCCACUGCACUCCAGCCAAGGAGACAGCUGGAGCCCAUGUCUUAUAAAUAAUAAUAAUUAAUGUUUCUAAAAAGUAUUUAUUAUCAUCCGCUCCAAUCCUGGGGAAGCUAACAAUCCACCCUUAACAUUUCAGUUUUAAAACCUGGCUGAUUUGGAAUAGAACUUUGUCCAAAUUAAAUUGUAGAAAUGCUAUGGAUUCAAGAGUAAACCUGCUUGAUUAAUCAGACAAGCUGGAAAAUUACUGUUAAUUUCUUUGUUGUAAAUCGAUCACUGUAAUUUUACCUUAUAUGUCAUUUAUAUUUUGUAUAUACAUGAACAUUUUAAUCUCCAUAGCUUUUAACAGGUUGACAUAAUACUUCUCCAUGCAGUCAGUCAGUCAUUUGUUCCACUUGUAACUGUAAUUCAAUAAAAUUUAAUGCUGUCUGCUCGUCUAGCUCCAUGUUUAAUAUCUAGGUAAGUAAGCAGGCAUGGCUUAUAGACAUGAGCUAUACCUCACCUACAAAAACAUCUCCAACAAACUAUCGAAACUUCUUUCAACUCCAGAGAACUAUGAAAAGAAUAACGCCAGCUGGCAGAAGAACAAGGAUGGAGGUAGGUCAACUCAACUGUUCUUUCUCUUUCUGCCUCAAGCUGCCUAGAGCAGGAGCUACUUCUGCUUGCCUGAAAGCCAAAAGCCAAAAUAGACAAGACACCUACCCCCACCUCAAGUAUUUAACAGAUUAAGCUCCUAGCUCGGCACAAUCUUUUGGGAUAUAAGACUGUAGGACAGGCCCAGUGCGGUGGCUCACACCUGUAAUCCUAGCAUUUUGGGAGGCCGAGGCAGGUGGAUCACUUGAGGUCAGGAGUUUGAGAUCAGCCUGGUCAACGUGAUGAAACCCCAUCUCUACUAAAAACACAAAAAUUAGCAGGGCAUGGAGGCAUGCACCUGUAAUCCCAGCUACUCAGGAGGGUGAGGCACAAGAAUUGUUUGAACCCAAGAGGCAGAGGUUGCAGUGACCCGAGAUCAUGCCACUACACUCCAGCCUGGGCAACAGAGCGAGACUCAGUCUCAGAAAAAAAAAAAAGGCUGGAGGACGAGGCUGGUUUCGCCAAAGCUCUUUAAACCUCUGUUUGGGCAUGGGUGGCCCAGGCCUGUAAUCCCAGCCCUCUGGGAGGCUGAGGCAAGAGGAUUGAUUGCUUGAGGCCAGGAGUUCAAUACCAGCCCAGGCAACAUAGCAAGACCCCAUCUCUACAAAAAAAAAAGAAAAAAGAAAAAAAAAAAAUUAUCUAUUUAAGGCUAUAGGAGUAAGUGUUACUGAAUAUAGGAAUAUCUACAUUGAUUAAAUGAGAAAAAAACUCUGGUUCAGUCGCAACUAAGAGUCAUAGGAAGACAGAAUUUCAGAAAUUCAUACCACACCAGACAGAUGUGUUUUAUUAAAAAAGAAAAAAAAAACCCUUUAAUCAGAAAAUCUAAUUAAAUUCAAUAUUAACUCAAACUCUUAAAAAAAUUUAUGGAAAAGUCAACAGGGUACAUACAUCACAGAAAAACAGGCAGUUGCUGACAGUUCUUUGGUGGAAAAGUAAGUUGCAUACUUACCCAAGCUGCCCAAAUGAUUAUCAAGCUAAGUUUGUUUUCCAAAAAUAGGUUUUAAGAUACACCAAAGAAACUAUACAAUACAAAAAUUUAACAAUGAAGUUAAAGUAUAUAGCAAAAGCCAAAUAUGACAACACACAUGAAUAAUACAUAAAAGAAGCCUUUCAAUCCUAGAAAACUAAAAUGGGGAGAACUUACUGAAGGGUAACAUACAUAAAAUGAGUACUAAUAGCAAGGAAUAAUCCUAAACAUUUUCCCAAU